AUGACAGCCCAAGAACCCGGGUCUCUCUUCCCAGCCCUCGACGGUACGCGCUCCUGGAGCGUGAUCCACCAACGCGGCUUCGACUACAUCAGCCAGCGACCAGGAGCGGGCGAACUUCUCGUCGGCGGGGGCAUGGUGCAGUCCCCUGACAAGGGAAUGGAUGAGUUCGGGGUAUGGCGCGACGACCAGAGCUGUUAUUCGAUCCGCGCCUAUCUGGACGGUCUACUGCCCACGAUCUUUGGGGCGCAGAAUUGGGGCGCCGAUCGUGGUGAGAGUCGAGUCCGUAUGGCUUGGACUGGUUGUAUGGGCUUUACGCCGGAUUUGUUGCCCUUUGUUGGUCGUCUUGACCCCAAGCUGACUGGGCGGAGGUUACCGCCGCGCUCUUCUGGUCAGGCGAAACAGCCGGCUGAAUGGAUCUCGGCGGGGUUUCAGGGUGAGGGUAUGGUUAUGGCGUGGUUAUCUGGUGUUGCGGUUGGGUUGAUGGUUAUUGGAGAUGAGGACAAAGUCCUUGAAGAGACUGCUGGGAUACCUGCUGGGAAGAUGAGCGAUUGGCUGCCCAAGGAGAUGGUCUGUUCUAAGCGCAGAGUGGAUGGCUCAAGUGUUUCGGACCUUGCAACACUUCUGUGA